AUGGUACAGUACUUCUCUUUGAUUACGAUUGCUUUGUUGGUGCUCUGUUCGGUCAUCCUCAAUGUCGAUGCAUCAUUGAUGCAUGAAUGGAGGAGGGUAUUUUGGGUGAACGCAUACUCCGAUGACUACAUGCAUCUCAGUUCCACAUGUUGA